CGCGAUGGCGGUGGAAGAAGAGGGGCUGCGGGUGUUCCAGAGCGUCAAGAUUAAAAUAGGAGAAGCCAAAAAUCUUCCUACCUAUCCAGGGCCAAACAAGAUGAGGGAUUGCUACUGUACUGUAAACCUGGACCAGGAAGAGGUUUUCAGGACCAAAAUUGUGGAGAAAUCACUAUGCCCGUUUUAUGGAGAAGAUUUUUACUGUGAAAUUCCACGGAGUUUUCGUCACCUGUCAUUUUACAUUUUUGACAGAGAUGUUUUCCGCAGGGAUUCAAUCAUUGGAAAAGUAGCAAUAUGGAAGGAAGAUCUGCAGAAGUACCACAACAGAGACACCUGGUUCCAGCUGCAACAUGUUGAUGCGGAUUCAGAAGUACAGGGAAAGGUCCAUCUAGAGUUAAGGCUGAGUGAAGUCAUAACAGACACGGGCGUCAUUUGCCAUAAGCUUGCUACCCGAGUUCUAGAAUGCCAAGGCCUGCCAAUAGUCAAUGGACAGUGUGAUCCUUAUGCAACAGUUACGCUAACUGGACCGUGCAGAUCAGAAGUAAAAAAGACUAAAGUUAAAAAGAAGACUAACAAUCCGCAGUUCGAUGAAGUGUUUUACUUUGAGGUUACCCGACCCUGCAGUUAUAACAAGAAGUCCCACUUUGACAUUGAAGAUGCCGAUGAAGUGGACAAGAUGGAAAUCAGAAUUGACCUCUGGAAUGCAAGCAACUUGAAGUUUGGCGAUGAAUUUCUGGGAGAACUAAGGCUACCUUUGAAAUUUCUCCGGCAGUCCAGCUCUUAUGAAGCAUGGUACUUCCUCCAGCCCAGAGAUAAUGGAAACAAGUCGCUGAAACCAGAUGACCUGGGUUCCUUGAGGUUAAACGUGGUUUACACAGAAGAUCAUGUCUUUCCUUCAGACUAUUACAGCCCGCUUAGAGACCUCUUAUUAAAAUCUCCAGAUGCUGAGCCUGUUUCAGCAUCUGCUGCCCACGUGCUGGGUGAAGUCUGCAGGGAAAAACAGGAGGCAGCCAUACCUCUGGUGCGGCUCUUCUUACACUAUGGCAAAAUCGUGCCUUUGAUUAGUGCAAUCGCAAAUGCAGAAGUAAGAAGAACUCAGGACCCAAACACCAUUUUCAGAGGAAACUCAUUAACUUCCAAAUGCAUUGAUGAAACCAUGAAAUUGGCAGGGAUGCACUACCUUCAGGUUACUCUAAAGCCAAUUCUUGAUGAGAUCUGCCAAGUACAUAAACCUUGUGAAAUUGAUCCUGUGAAGUUGAAAGACACUGAAAACCUGGAAACUAACAGGGAAAAUCUUAGGCAAUAUGUAGACCGGAUUUUCACGGACAUUACCAAAUCUGGGGUUAGUUGCCCUACAGUGAUGUGUGAUAUUUUUUUUUCACUGAGGGAGUCAGCUGCAAAACGUUUCCAAGGUGACCCUGAUGUUAGGUUCACAGCUGUAAGCAGUUUUAUUUUCCUGAGAUUCUUUGCUCCUGCAAUUCUUUCUCCAAAUCUAUUCCACCUCACACCACAUCAUCCAGAUCCACAGACCUCAAGAACGUUGACGCUUAUAUCCAAGACUAUACAAACAUUAGGCAGCUUGUCAAAAUCUAAAUCUGCCAGUUUCAAGGAAUCUUAUAUGGCUUCAUUUUAUGACAACUUUAACGAGCAGAAAUAUGCAGAUGCAGUAAAAAAUUUUUUAGAAUUGAUUUCUUCCUCUGGAAGAAGAGAUCACAAGAGCAUAGUGCAACCAAUACUACUUAAAGAAGGGACUCUUAAACUAACAGUAAAGAAAGUUGAUGAUAAUAGUUCGUGCAGGUUCAUGAUCAAGAGGGCACAAGGAAGGAAACGAUUUGGUAUGAAGAACUUCAAGAAGAGAUGGUUUCGACUCACUAACCAUGAAUUCACUUAUCAGAAAAGCAAAGGUGACCAUCCACUGUGUAGCAUUCCAAUUGAAAACAUUCUGGCGGUAGAAAAAUUGGAAGAGGAGUCAUUCAAAAUGAAAAACAUGUUCCAAGUGAUUCAGCCUGAAAGAGCUCUGUACAUCCAAGCAAAUAACUGUGUCGAGGCCAAGGACUGGAUUGAUAUCCUCACCAAAGUUAGCCAGUGUAACAAGAAACGUCUCACUGUCUAUCACCCCUCUGCAUACCUUAAUGGGCACUGGCUCUGCUGUAAAGCUAUCGCAGAUAAUACCCCUGGCUGUACUCCCUGCACUGGGGGCCUACCAGCAAAUAUACAAUUAGACAUAGAUGGAGAUAGAGAAACUGAACGCAUCUACUCCCUUUUUAAUUUGUAUAUGUCUAAACUGGAGAAAAUGGAAGAGGCUUGUGGCAGCAAAUCUGUAUAUGAUGGGCCAGAACAGGAAGAGUAUUCAUCCUUUGUCAUCGACGACCCUCAGGAGACCUACAAGACACUAAAACAGAUUGUUGCAAGUGUUAAAACCUUAGAGCAGGAACAUGCCCAAUACAAGAGGGAUAAGUUCAAGAAGACAAAAUAUGGGAGCCAAGAACAUCCCAUCGGAGACAAGAGCUUCCAGAGUUACAUCAGGCAGCAGUCAGAAGUUUCAGCGCAUUCCAUUUGACGUUUCAACAAAGUUGCUGAUAGGUUGAAUUAGAAGAAGAAAAGGGAAGCCACCUGUAGCAAGAUGUACAUAACAAGCAUCAAGCUUGCUGAGGCUUGCUAAGUGUUUUCUCUCUCCAAGAACUAUUAAAGUAGCUGCUAUGCACUUUAAUUCAUCUGGUGUAAACAGAUGGAGGAACUCUGCCUUCUAGAUGGUUUUCAUUGGUUGUGUUGCAUUGUGUUUGUGUGUGUUUAAAAAUGUUGCUAUGUGUUCUUGGAAUCUAGUGAUCAGUUCAAUGAUCAAGGCGUGGGGGACUUCAUAUGGAUAACUUCCACAGUCCCUUUGCAUAACUGAAAGCCAACUAGAACCGUUGAGAGCAUUUUUCUAUAUUUCUUGUUAUUGGUUGUUGACUACUUUUUGUGCUAGGCCCACAGCAGUUAAAGAAGGCUU